AUGUCACCCUACGCUCGCUCUGAAGAAACACCCUCAAACAUCUCUUCGACCCCUCAAUCCACCCAUCUGGCCACGUUCUCACCUCAAUCUCCUCUACUUGAGACGCCUCAUUUAGACCAUCCGUUAGGUCACUCUCGACUCACUCAGGGAGAUGGGGAACAGAGAGAAGAUAUAGAAGAACUACUAGAUAUCGAUCAUUCGACUUCGUACCACAACGAAAAUGCAGGAGAGUUAUAUGAUACCACAUCGUUAACUUCGAACGAUAUUCAUCAAGAUCCAAUCUUAUCUGACUUGGCUGCCAAACAAAAUGAGAGCCUGUCACCGUUCAAAGCUAUACCUGCUCCCACUUCCACUACCCGAGCGGGUCUAGGACCAAGGAUGACUAAAUCUGCUGCGUCUAGAGCAGGGUUGAAUUGGGAUGAGAUCAAGCCCAGACGGACGAUUGAAGAGAAUAUUGAAGGAGAAGAAGGAGGCAGUAUUAGUGGGACUCCAGGUUAUAAGAGGGUUGGGUUGGGUAUUACCGUUCCAUCCCUGGCUCAACCUAGUAUAACACCCCGUCCGACCAAGGCAUCUCAACUCCGUCUCAGAUCCGAUAAUACUACCACCCCAUCUUCCCCUUCUUUCAACUCACCAUCGAAGAUCUCAAGAGGACACCACAGAACGCUAUCUGUCCCCGUCUCUAUUGGAGCUACAGUGGCCAGUCUGAACGGUCCGACAAUCUUACCUAGACAAAACCGUACAUCUGCCCUGAGAGCAGCUGGCGAAAAAGGUAAUGCCGGAUAUAGGGACUACGAAAAGGUCCAACAGGAAAAGGCCGCUCAGAAAGUCAAAGAGCAAAUUGCACUCGAGAACAAGGAAAGGGCGAAAAGAGAGAGAGAAGAGAGAAGAAAGAGUUUGGCAAUAGGUUUAACAAGUUUGAAUGAACCUUCUGUUCAAGUCAGACAGAAUAAAACUUCCAACUUGAGAGCGAUGGGUGAGAAAGGUACAGAGGGAUAUAGGGAAUAUGAAAGUGUACAAUUGGAUAAAUUAGCUCAAAAGGAAAAAGAACUUCAAGCGAUAGAGAACAGAGAGAAAGCCAAACAAGAGAGAAUAGAAAGAAGAAAGACACCGGCACUUGGCGGGGGUUUAGCAUCAUUGAACGAACCUGAUCUUGUUGUUAGACAAAAUAAGACUUCUGCGAUGAGAGCCAAUGGAGAGAAAGGUAAUGAAGGAUAUAGGGAUUAUGAGAAGAUACAAGAGGAAAGAAAGUCAAAAGAGGAGAUGGAGAGAUUGGCAAUUGAGAAUAAACAACGAGCGAAGAUGGAAAGAGAAGAAAGGAGGAAAACUUUGGGUGUGAUGCCUCAUAGCUUGAGUAAACCUGUUAUCACUCCCAGACCUAACAAGACAUCUCUUCUCCGAACGAACAGCUCCAAAUCCAUCUCUUCGCUUCACUCGGUCCGAUCGUCUCUACCUACAUCCGCCCCUCGUUCUCAUUCUCGUCCGGCUACUAGCCAUUCACUCACUAGGACCAUCUCAGCUUUGAAAGUCAGUUCGGCAGAUAACCUAUCAUCGAGCGAGGUACAGCCUAAGCCAAAGCCAAAGUCACUUGGAAGCGGAGGUGGAUUGAAAAGUUUGGGUAAACCAAGUAUUACACCCCGAUUAAAUCGAACGGCAUUACUUCGUACCCCCCAAUCCAACUUAUCUUCAUCUCGCAAACCUACAUUACCCACUUCGUCAUCUACACCUAGCAUACAUAGAAAGAUAAAUUCGAUAUCUGCCAGUACGCCUAAACCAUCGAUUGACUUGAUGGUAGGUGUAAGUCCAAGACCCACAAAAGCAAGUUUAUUACGAGCCAAUGUGGGUAUGAAUAAUAAAAUAUCCCCUCCUACACCUGCUACUGCUACUUCGUCGUAA